AAAGCUUCCAGCCUUCCAGCUUGAAGCUCAGAUGCACAAGGUGGUGCUGCCAGCUCUCGAGAGCCUCUUUGACGAUGUUCAGAAAAAAAUCAAUUUCACACCUAGGAGCUACGUGAGUAAAAGCAGUCUGUAUUUAGAUUAUCUUCCAGCCACGGGCUACUGAUUCGUCACCAAACUAAAUGGUCUAGACCAAUUGGCAAUGGAGGUGAUCCUAUCAAGGGUAGCUGCUUAUCAUGCGGCUUCAGCGUGUUAUUUGCAAUCGAAUCGAGACCAAUUGAAUGAGUUUCCUUCAUAUAAAGAACCAGAUCAAACCUUAAUAGCAAAAAAGAGCUGGAUACAGCAACAAUUUUAUGAGAGUCUGAGGGCUAACGGCCUGAGGCAAUUUGAAGAUAAGGUGAAAUCCUAUCAAAGGACUUUAUCUAGUCGCGUCAAAGCACCUGAUUCGAAAAAGUCCUUCACUGUUAUUUUGAACGGAGCUUGUUGCUCGAACAAUUUACUUGGCUUAUUUGAUGAGUUUGGACAGCUUCGAGAUGUGGUUUUCAAUGAUUUUGGUAGUGCUAAUAUUGGACCUGCUGUACACGAUCUGCUGCAACUGCUGCUAACUGCGCCAGCAGCCAAAACUGAAAAAUUCGAUGGAUUUUCAAGAUUCUAUGUAGAGAAACUAGCGGAAAUUUUGAAUUUGUUGAAUUUUAAGGGAAAGUUUCCUUCCUUAACCGACAUACAACUGGAUAUGCUUAGCUAUAGACGACACUGGGUAUUUAAGACAGUCACAGAAACUCUGCCCAUUGUACUGGGUGAAUUGGAAUAUGGAAUAUGGAAGAUGCUUCGGAGAUCUGCAAGUCACCAACAUAUUCAAAAGAAAUCAAGACGCUGUUGCCCUGGCUGGAAAACCGCCGUUACUUUGAGGUUGAACAUAGCAAAUGAAAUUGAUUACUUGGAAAACUUGUACGGAUUGCGUAAAUAAUGAGUAACAACAACCACCUGAUAAUACCCCUAAGAGGCACACUUCCAACUGCAACAUACAACAUUAUUUGAAGCCCAAUUUGCGUGCGAACUGUGGC